AUGCGGCCCGGUGAGAGCUUAGAGGGCUCGCGCUUGGCUCGCGGAAGAUGUAUUGAUACUAAUAAUAAUACUAAUAGCGGCAUGGAGCGCUGUCUCGCGCACCCCUCGUCAGAGAAGAGGAGGAUGACGAAGAGGAGGAUGAGAGGGAUGAAUGAAAAGAUGACGGACGGAGGAAUGACGGCGGCGAUGCGCUGUUUUCUCUGGAGUCUCGUUCUCUGCUCGCUCUCCUCGCGCGCGCAAGGUUUCAUAUACACAUGUGGCGGCACGUUGAAAGGUCGAAACGGCAGUAUAGAAUCGCCCGGCUUCCCCUACGGCUACCCCAACGGGGCAAACUGCACCUGGGUCAUCGUCGGAGAGGAAGGAAGCAGAAUCCAGCUGCUCUUCCUGUCAUUCGCCAUAGAGGAAGAAUACGACUUUCUGUCCUUGUAUGAUGGACAUCCCCACCCCGCUAACUUCAGGACCAGGUUAACAGGCUUCCAGGUUCCUCCCCCAGUCACCAGUACUGGAAAUGUCUUCUCUCUGAGGUUGACUAGUGACUUUGCUGUCUCUGCUCAUGGCUUUAAGCUCAACUAUGAAGAACUCCACAGUACAUCUUGUGGAAACCCCGGUGUCCCUCCCAAGGCGGUGCUCAGUGGCGGUGGUCGUUUUGCUGUGGGAGACCGUGUGCGGUACAGCUGCGUUCCCGGCUACGUCUUGGAUGGCCAUGCCACGCUCACCUGCAUCACCAACGCCGGAAACACCGCCGUGUGGGACUUUCCUGCUCCGAUUUGUCGAGCUGAGGACACAUGUGGGGGCACUGUGAGGGGCGGCAGUGGGGUGGUGACCAGUCCCGGUUACCCCGGCAACUAUGGUAACCAGGCCGACUGUACAUGGAUCCUUUUGGCCGAACCUGGAGACACCAUCUCUGUCGUCUUUACAGACUUCCAGACAGAGGAGAAAUAUGAUUACCUAGAAGUGGAGGGAUCUGAACCACCGACCAUCUGGUUGUCAGGCAGCAAUGUCCCCUCUCCCAUCGUUAGCAACAAGAAUUGGCUUCGUCUGCAUUUUGUAACUGAUAGCAACCACCGUUACCGUGGUUUCAGCGCACAUUACCAAGUGAAGCGAUCAGUAGAUUUUAAAUCGCGGGGCGUUAAAUUAUUCCCUGGCAAAGACUCCAGCAACAAGUUUUCAAUAUUAAACGAAGGUGGCGUGAGACAGGCGUCCAACUCCUGUCCCGACCCGGGAGAGCCAGAGAACGGAAAACGCCAUGGCAACGACUUCAGCAUUGGCAACAUGGUCCAGUUCAGCUGUGGAGAAGAUUACGUUCUUCAGGGCAGUAAGACUAUCAGCUGCCAGCGGGUGGCUGAAGUAUUUGCUGCCUGGAGUGACCAUAGACCGGUCUGUAAAGCAAAGACAUGUGGCAGCAACCUUCAGGGGCCGUCAGGGACCUUUACAUCUCCCAACUUCCCGAUUCAGUAUGAGAGCAAUGCACAGUGUGUAUGGAUCAUCACCGCUUCAAAUCCUAAUAAGGUAAUCCAGAUCAACUUUGAGGAGUUUGACCUGGAGAUAGCCUAUGAUACUCUGACCAUAGGAGACGGAGGAGAGGUGGGAGAUCCUACCACUAUACUGCAAGUCCUAUCCGGAAGCUUUGUUCCUGACCUGAUAGUCAGUAUGACCCACCAGAUGUGGCUUCACCUACAGUCGGAUGAGAGUGUCGGCUCAAUAGGAUUCAAAAUCAACUAUAAAGAAAUAGACAAAGAGAGCUGCGGCGACCCGGGAACUCCUCUGUAUGGCAUAAGAGAGGGGGACAGCUUCUCAAAUGGAGGCAUCCUGAGGUUUGAAUGCCAGUUUGGCUUCGAGCUGAUUGGAGAGAAAACUAUUUCCUGCCAGGACAACAACCAGUGGUCAGCAAACAUCCCCAUAUGCAUAUUCCCGUGUAUGUCCAACUUCACAGCCCCCUCAGGAACCGUCCUCUCCCCAGAUUACCCGGAAGGUUACGGAAACAACAUGAACUGCGUCUGGCUCAUCCAAUCAGACCCCGGCUCCAGAAUUCACUUGGCGUUUAAUGACUUUGACCUCGAGGCUCCCUACGACUCCCUAACGGUGAAAGAUGGCGAGACAAAUGAUGCCGUGGUCAUCGGGAGGUUCUCUGGAGCCGAGAGUCCUUCCCAUCUGACGUCCAACACCAACACGCUCAGGCUGGAGUUUCAGGCUGAUCACUCCAUGUCAGGCCGAGGAUUUAACAUCACUUACAGUACAUUUGGCCAUAAUGAGUGUCCAGACCCUGGCAUUCCCAUCAAUGCUCGCCGCUUUGGAGACAGUUUCCAGCUCGGCAGCUCCAUAUCUGUGGUCUGUGAGGAUGGUUUUAUCAAAACCCAAGGAACCGAGACCAUCUCCUGUCAGCUAGAAAGGGGGAAAGUCAUGUGGAGUGGGCCCAUCCCCAAAUGCGAAGCCCCAUGUGGAGGCCACUAUUCAGCCCCUAGUGGAGUGAUUUUGUCUCCUGGUUGGCCUGGUUACUAUAAAGAUUCACUCAGCUGUGAAUGGGUGAUUGAAGCAGAGCCUGGACGGUCCAUCAAAAUCACAUUUGACAGGUUUCAGACAGAGUUGGGUUAUGACUUCCUGGAGCUCCAUGAUGGACCCAACCUCCUGUCUCCUUUGAUUGGCUCUUUCAACGGAACCCAGGUGCCCCAGUUCCUGUUCAGCAGCAGCAACUUCCUGUAUCUGCUGUUCACCACCGACAACAGUCGAUCAAAUGCUGGCUUCAAAAUAUUAUAUGAGAGCGUUACAGUGGACAGCUACUCAUGCCUGGACCCUGGUAUCCCGGUCAAUGGUAUCCGGUAUGGCCAGGACUUCUCGAUUGGAUCCACGGUAUCAUUUGGUUGUGAUUCUGGUUAUAGACUCAGCCAUGAGGAGCCGCUGGUCUGCGAGAAGAACCACUGGUGGAGCCAUCCUUUACCAACAUGUGACGCUCUAUGUGGAGGGGAUGUUAGAGGUCCCUGGGGAACCAUCCUUAGCCCCGGCUAUCCGGACAGCUACCCUUCAUCUCUCAACUGUACCUGGACUGUUGAAGUCAGCCAUGGGAAAGGGGUCCAGUUUCAAUUCAAUUCGUUCCAUCUCGAGGACCAACACGACUACCUCCUGGUUACCGAGAACGGGAGUUUCCUGCAACCACUGGCUCGCCUGACCGGCAACGAGUUGCCUAGCAACAUCAAUGCUGGUCUCUAUGGCAACUUCAAAGCCCAGCUCCGAUUCAUCUCUGACUUUUCCAUUUCAUACGAGGGCUUCAACAUAACUUUCUCUGAAUACACCCUGGAGCCGUGUGAGGACCCUGGAAUGCCUCCGUUUGGCAGGAGAAACGGUUACAGUUUCGGCGUUGGAGAUACACUCUCGUUUUCCUGCAAUAUGGGAUACCGCCUAGAGGGGGCACCGGAGUUAAUCUGUCUCGGAGGGGGACGGAGAAUGUGGAGCUCUCCAUUACCUAGAUGUGUUGCGGAGUGCGGUUCCUCAGUGGUAAACAACGAAGGGAUCCUUCUUUCUCCCAAUUACCCCAUGAACUACGACAACAACCACGAGUGCAUCUACAGCAUCCAGGUUCAAGCCGGGAAAGGCAUCAAUAUUUCUGCCAGAACCUUCCAUCUAGCUCAGGGGGAUAUACUCAAGAUUUAUGAUGGCAAAGACAACUCAGCUCAUGUUCUUGGAGCAUUCACCGGAUCGUCCAUGUUGGGUCUGACGCUGAUUUCCACCUCAAACCAUCUCUGGCUGGAAUUCUACAGUGACCCAGAAAAUACAGGGGAAGGAUUCAAACUGGUCUACUCCAGUUUUGAGUUGUCUCAUUGCGAGGACCCAGGCGUGCCUCAGUUUGGUUUCAAGGUGAAUGACCAAGGUCAUUUCUCCGGGAGCAGCAUCACAUACAGAUGUGAACCAGGAUACACUUUGCACGGGGCUUCCACGCUGAAGUGCAUGACAGGGGAGAGGAGAGCCUGGGAUAACCCUCUGCCUUCUUGCAUUGCGGAGUGCGGAGGUCGUUUUAAAGGCGAAUCCUCAGGGCGGAUCCUUUCUCCAGGAUACCCAUUUCCUUACGACAACAAUCUGCGUUGCACCUGGACCAUCGAGGUGGACUCAGGCAAUAUUGUCAGUCUUCAGUUCUUGGCAUUUGACACGGAGGCUAGCCAUGACAUGUUGAAGGUUUGGGACGGACCAGCGGAGAAUGAAAUGUCUUUGGCAGAGCUCAGUGGCUCUCUGCUACCUGAGGGAAUCCAUUCUACCCUGAACACCGUCACCGUUCAGUUUGAGACGGAUUUUUACAUCAGCAAGUCAGGAUUUGCUAUUCAGUUCUCCAGUUCAGUAGCUACAGCCUGUAGGGACCCAGGGGUGCCAAUGAAUGGCAGUCGUAGUGGAGAUGGUCGUGAGCCGGGGGAUUCAGUGUCCUUUCAGUGUGACCCGGGAUACGAGCUCCAGGGCGAUGACAAAAUCACCUGUAUACAGGUGGAUAACAGAUACUACUGGCAGCCCAGCCCGCCCAUCUGCAUAGCUCCCUGUGGAGGAAACCUAACUGGCUCCAAUGGUUUUAUAUUGUCUCCUAACUUCCCCCACCCCUACCCCCACUCCAAGGACUGCGACUGGCUCAUUGCUGUCAACUCGGACUAUGUCCUGUCACUGGCCUUCAUCAGCUUCAGCAUUGAACCAAAUUAUGACUUCCUGUAUAUCUACGAUGGUCCGGAUAGCAACAGCCCUCUGAUUGGCAGUUUCCAGGACAGCAAACUGCCAGAGCGAAUAGAGAGCAGUUCUAACACCAUGCACUUAGCCUUCCGCAGUGAUGGGUCCGUCUCUUACACUGGCUUUCACCUGGAAUACAAAGCCAAGCUGAGAGAAUCGUGUUUUGACCCAGGUGUGGUACUGAAUGGGACCAGAUUGGGAUCCGAUUAUAAGCUUGGCUCGACUGUUACCUUCUAUUGUGAGGCCGGAUAUGUUUUGCAGGGUUAUUCCACCCUAACCUGCAGUAUGGGAGACGAUGGCAGACCUGGAUGGAACAGAGCAUUACCUAGUUGUCAAGCUCCGUGCGGCAGCCGUUCCACAGGUACAGAAGGGACCGUUUUAUCUCCAAACUUCCCCAGGAACUACACUGCUGGACACAGCUGUGUUUACUCUAUAUCUGUACCUCGAGAGUUUGUCCUCUUUGGUCAGUUUGUGUUGUUCCAGACUUCUCUGAAUGAUGUGGUAGAGAUCUACGAUGGACCCACUCAGCAGAACACACUGCUGUCUUCUCUCUCCGGGUCUCACUCCGGUGAGUCUUUGCCUCUAAGUUCGGGUAACCAGAUUACCAUAAAGUUUACCACAGUUGGCCCAGAAACUGCCAAAGGGUUCCACUUUGUCUACCAAGCUGUACCUCGGACCAGUUCCACCCAGUGCAGUUCAGUCCCUGAGCCACGCUUUGGGAAGCGCCUUGGCAAUGAUUUUGCCGUGGGCUCCUCAGUGCAGUUUGAGUGUAACCCUGGUUAUGUUCUGCACGGCUCCGCGGCCAUACGUUGUGAGAGUGUCCCGGACAACCUGGCACAAUGGAACGACACCCUGCCGACGUGUAUAGUUCCCUGCGGGGGUGUGUUGACUUCUCGUCGUGGGACCAUCCUGUCACCUGGCUAUCCCGAACCUUACGACAACAACCAGAACUGUGUGUGGAAGGUUUCUGUUCCAGAAGGGGCAGGAAUACAGAUACAAGUGGUGAGUUUUGCUACAGAACAUAACUGGGACUCUCUGGAUUUCUACGAUGGAGCUGACAACCACGCACCAAGACUGGGCAGCUACUCUGGUACCUCCAUCCCUCCUCUGCUGAAUAGUACAUCUAACAACCUCUAUCUCAGCUUCAGCUCUGAUAUUAGUGUCUCAGCUGCUGGUUUUCACUUGGAAUAUACAGCUAUUGGCCUGGAGUCGUGCCCAGAGCCUCAGACUCCAAACUAUGGAAUCAGACAGGGAGACAGAUAUAUGGUGGGAGAUGUUGUGCAAUUUUCGUGUGAACAAGGAUACUCUCUUCAGGGCAAUGCCCACAUCACCUGCAUGCCUGGACCUGUUAGGAGAUGGAACUACCCUGUACCUCUGUGUCUUGCUCAGUGCGGUGGAUCCAUGACAGAAAUGAGUGGAGUGAUUCUUAGUCCCGGUUACCCCGGCAACUACCCCAGUGGAUUAGACUGCACAUGGACAGUCAACUUACCUGUUGGCUUCGGCAUCCAUCUCCAGUUUCUAAACUUCUCCACUGAAGCGAUCCAUGAUUACCUGGAGAUCCGCAGUGGAUCUCUGGAGACCGGCUCAGUCAUUGACAGGUUCAGCGGACCCAUCAUCCCCAAGCCUCUGUUCAGCACCACCCACCAGACCAGCUUCUUCUUCCACAGUGACUACUCACAAAACAAGCCAGGCUUCCACAUCACUUAUCAAGCCUACCAGCUCCAGAGUUGCCCAGACCCUCGGCCGUUUCGGAACGGCAUCGUGAUUGGCACAGACUUCAGCGUUGGGAUGACAGUGUCCUUUGAAUGUCUGCCUGGAUAUUCUCUGAUUGGAGAGGCUUCACUGACCUGCUUGCAUGGAAUCAGCAGGAACUGGAACCACCCACUGCCACGAUGUGAAGCUCUCUGUGGUGGUAACAUCACAUCGUUAAAUGGAACCAUCUACUCUCCUGGUCACCCCGAGGAAUACCCGAACUUCCAGGACUGCGUCUGGAGUGUGCGAGUUCCUCCUGGACACGGCAUUUACAUCAACUUUACCGUGUUGAGCACUGAGCCCAUAUAUGACUACAUUACUGUCUGGGAUGGUCCAGACCAGUCAUCUCCUCAGAUUGGUCAAUUUAGCGGGAACACGGCGCUGGAGUCUGUCUACUCAACCUCGAACAUCAUCCUCAUCAAAUUUCACUCUGACUUUUCUGGAGCAGGCUUCUUUGUCCUGAGCUACCACGCUUACCAGUUGAGAGUGUGCCAGCCUCCUCCAGAGGUGGCCAACGCUGACAUGCUGAUGGAAGAUGGAGAGCUGGAGAUAGGUGACAUCAUCAGGUACCGGUGCCAUCCUGGAUUCUCAUUGGUUGGCAGUGAGAUUCUAACCUGUCGCCUAGGAGAAAGACUGCAGAUGGACGGACCACCGCCAAUGUGCCAAGUCCAAUGUCCUGCCCAUGACGUGAGAUAUGAUUCGUCAGGUGUCAUCCUGAGUCCUGGUUGGCCAGACAGCUACCCUAAUCUACAAAUGUGUUCCUGGAGCGUUACGGUAGAAAAAGGAUACAAUGUCACCAUUACCUUUGAGAGUUUCCACACCGAGAGAGAGUUUGAUGUGUUGGAGAUAUUUGACGGUCCUACAGCCAACAGUCCUACUUUGGCCACUCUGAGCGGUGACCUUCCAACACCGUUCAACCUCACAACGUCUGGUCACCAGUUUCUGGUUCGCUGGUCCUCAGACCACGGCACCAAUAAGCGAGGCUUCAAAAUCCGCUAUGUUGGUGAGUACCAAACCCUGUACUGCUCCACUCCUGACUCCCCCCUACACGGCUCCAUCUCCUCCCAGAGCGGCGGCCAUGUUAACAGCGUGGUGCGCUGGGCUUGUGACCGUGGAUACCGCCUCCUAGGCAACGCCACAGCAACAUGUCGACGCACGUCCCUUGGCAUCCAUGCCUGGGACUCACCUGUACCUGCCUGCCAAGCCGUGUCUUGCGGUGCUCCCAAGGCUCCAGUAAAUGGUGGAGUUUUAACAGCCGAUUACUCUGUGGGAACAAGAGUCUCCUAUUUUUGUAAUGAUGGUUACCGACUCUCCAAUAAAGAACUAACUUCAGCCAUCUGUCAGCCUGAUGGAACAUGGAGCAACCACAAUAAGAUCCCACGAUGUUCAGUGGUAGUAUGUCCCAGUAUUGGUUCAUUUUCUCUGGAACAUGGGCGUUGGAGGAUUGUUAAUGGUUCCCACUACGAGUUCAGAACCCGUAUCGUGUUCACCUGUGAUCCGGGGUACUACCGAUUAGGCCCCGCCCACAUCCAGUGCCUGGCCAAUGGCAUAUGGAGCUGGAGAAAUGAGAGACCGCACUGCCAGAUAAUAUCCUGCGGCGACCUACCGAUUCCCCCAAAUGGGAAGAAGAUCGGUACUCAGACCACCUUUGGUGCUACAGCCAUCUUUACCUGCGAUGCUGGUUUCAUGUUGGUGGGGUCAGCCGUCAGAGAGUGCCUGUCAUCUGGGCUUUGGAGUGGAACUGAAACACGGUGUUUAGCCGGUCACUGCGGUAUCCCAGAAGGCAUUGUGAAUGGUCAGGUAAUCGGAGAGAACUUCGGUUACCGUGACACGGUCGUAUACCAAUGUCUGCCCGGCUUCCGACUAAUUGGCUCAUCGGUCCGAAUCUGUCUCCAAGACAACCAGUGGUCUGGACAGCUGCCUGUCUGUAUACCCAUCAGCUGCGGCCAUCCAGGAAGUCCCAUAUAUGGUCGUACAGUGGGCAGUGGCUUCAACCUUAACGAUGUGGUCAGCUUUGUUUGUAACCGUGGUUACGAAAUGGAGGGGCCCGCACGCGCUCAGUGCCAGGCCAACCGCCAGUGGAGCCACCCGCCCCCAACAUGUAAAGGUGGGGAGAAAAUGGUCAAUUGUUCUGAUCCAGGUAUCCCGGCCAAUUCAAUUCGGCAGAGUAAAAUAGAACACGGGAACUUUACCUUCGGUACUGUGGUUUUCUACGACUGUAACCCAGGAUAUUACCUGUUUGGAUCACCUGUACUCACCUGUCAGCCUACCGGACAAUGGGACAAACCCCUACCUGAAUGUAUCGUUGUCGACUGCGGUCAUCCAGGCUCUCCACCUAACGGCGUGCUGAGCGGCGAGAAGUUCACAUUUGGCUCGACAGUUCGAUACUCCUGCCUGGGAGGGAGACAGCUGAAAGGAGAAUCUUCCCGGACCUGUCAGCUCAACGGGAUGUGGAGCGCACCCAUGCCAUUCUGCUCCGGCGACACAGCUGGUUCCUGUGGCGAUCCAGGCGUUCCCUCCCAUGGUUCUCGGGAACAAACGGAUUUCAGGAUCCGUUCCAAGGUUUACUUCAGCUGCUCCGAGGGCUAUGACUUGAUUGGUUCGUCAGAGAGGAUGUGUUUCCCCAAUGGGACCUGGUCCGGCACACAGCCCUUCUGUAAACCUGUCCAGUGUGGUAACCCUGGCACUCCCAGUAAUGGCAGAGUAUUUCGUCUGGACGGAACGACAUUUUCUCACUCUGUCAUCUACUCCUGCAUGGAGGGCUACCUGCUCACCGGUGCCACCACCCGGCAAUGCCAGGCCAAUGGAACGUGGUCAGGAACACAACCCAACUGCACCAUGAUAAACUGUGGGGAUCCAGGUGUUCCAGCUAAUGGCCUUCGCUACGGAGAAGACUUUGUGAUUGGUCAGAACGUGUCCUUCCAGUGCCAACCAGGAUACAGGAUGGAGGAGGACGGGUCGCCUCUGAGAACGUGCACCCAAAACGGGACGUGGAGUGGGAACAUGCCUGUGUGCACGGCGGUCACCUGUGCGACGCCCCCUGCCAUCAGUAAUGGGGUACUACAGGGCAGCGACUUUGAAUGGGGCAGCAGUGUGAGCUACAGUUGCUCACCUGGAUAUGAGCUCUCAUUCCCAGCUGUACUGACUUGUGUGGCCAACGGCACCUGGAGUGGCAUGCUGCCACAGUGCUUACCCAAGUUUUGCGGUGACCCAGGCACUCCAGUUGGUGGGUUCAGAGAGGGACGAAGUUUCAUCUACCAAUCAGAAGUGUCCUUUACCUGUGCUCCGCCCCUCAUACUGGUCGGCACGGCAACCAGACUUUGUGAGAGUGACGGCACUUGGAGUGGAACGCAGCCACGUUGCAUUGAGCCGACGAAGACCAGCUGUGAGAAUCCAGGAACGCCACGCUACGGUUCCUUAAACAGGACCUAUGGAUUCAAGGUGGGGAGUGUGGUAUCAUUUCAGUGCCAGCCCGGUCACUUGAUACAAGGCUCUUCCUCCAGAACUUGUCAGCCUGACCUGACCUGGAGCGGAACGCAGCCCGAGUGCAUACCCCACGCCUGCAAGCAGCCAGAGAGUCCGCUCCAUGUGGACGUGGUGGGGAUGGACCUGCCUGGUUUUGGCUACACCCUGGUGUACAGCUGUCAGCCUGGCUACUUCCUGGCUGGGGGCUCUGAGCACAGAGUGUGCAAGAGCGAUGGCACAUGGAGUGGAAAGAUGCCUAUAUGUAGAGCUGGAGAAAAGAAGAAACCUGUGAAACCAGCAACAGGAACUCCCAGCCCGAAACUGAACGUCCCAGAUGAUGUCUUUGCUCCUAACUACAUAUGGAAAGGUUCUUAUAAUUACCGGGGAAGGAAGCAGCCCAUGACGCUGAGCAUCACCAGCUUCAACUCCACAACAGGAAGAGUCAACGUCACUCUUAGCAACAGCAACAUGGAGCUACUUCUAUCUGGAGUGUAUAAGGCUGCUGAGGCCAGGCUCCUGCUGCUGAUGUACCAGGUGAACCAUCUGAACCAGGGGAACCAGCUAAAGGAUUCAGUCGUCUCUCCAGCCAAAAUCACAGAUGACUCCUGGACCAUGGAUGGAUUUGUGUCAGCAGAGCCUGAUGGCUCCAGUUAUGUAUUCCAGGGUUUCAUCCAGGGAAAAGACUAUGGACAGUUUGGACUGCAAAGACUGGGUUUGAACAUGUCGGAGAGUCAGAACUCAUCUCCCCCUCAGCUCGGUACCAACAGUAGUUCUGUGGCUAUCGCUAUUCUGGUGCCUUUCUUUGCUCUAAUUUUCACUGGCUUUGGCUUCUAUCUCUACAAACAAAGAACCACACCUAAGACACAGUACACAGGCUGUUCAGUCCAUGAAAACAACAACGGCCAGGCUGCCUUUGAGAACCCCAUGUACAACACCAAUGCCAAGGCGGUGGAAGGGAAAGCUGUUAGAUUUGACCCAAAUCUCAACACUGUCUGCACCAUGGUCUAAGGAUGGAUUAUACAUGACCUUAACCCCAACCUAAAGACUAAAAUAUCUAACCUAAUGGGACCACAAUUGGUACAAGGCUGUGGAGGAGAAAGCACUAUGCUUUGACCUAAACCUCAACAUCGUCAGCAUCAUGGUCCAGGAUGGGUUGUAGAAAAACCUGCAAUCCAGUCCUAAACACGGGCCAUGUCCGACCCUAAAUCCUCCCAAUCUGGUCCAGUUGAGGGGAAAGCUAUCCAUUUCAAACCAAAACUCAACACUAUCUACAACAUGGUCUGAGGAUGGGCUAACUUCAGCCCUAAAGACUGAGAAUAUCCUACCCUGAGCCAAGACUGGUCCAAGGUUUUAGAAGGGAAUGCAGUCAAAUCAGCACUGUCUGAAGAAUAGCUUAACCUGAGCUAGAUCUAACCUUGGACCCAACCUUAGGACUCCUUUCAGAUGUCCAAUUAUAAGAAUAGCUCAACACAUUGAGGUUUUCUUUGACCCUGCCUCAACGGUAUCUUUUUUAACUCACAGCAUUUUGUAUCCAC